CCUUCCUACAUCCAUUGCUAAGAAGUAGAGAAAUAGCGCUCUACUUUUCAUGAAGCUGCAGUGUAAAUCUCUAUAAUUUCUUUGAACUUGACCCAUCGAUUCGGUCACACAGCUCAACUCUUUUCCUUCGCAGUUCAGCCAAAUCAGUUCUGUAUAUUCUUUAAUCGUUCAAUUGAAGCUGAAGAAGCAGGUCGUCUUUAGGAAGAGAAGAUCGGGAUCGUCACCAUCCUUGAGCCUGGAAAAUUUUGUUCAUUAGGUUCACUGGAUUAAGAUGACGGAGAUCAUUGUUUCCAUUGCUGCUAAAGUCUCAGAACAUUUGGUGAAUUUAACUGUACGUCAAGGACAGUAUUUGUUUCGUGUCAACAAAAUCAUGAAGAAUCUUGAAAGUGAGAAGAAGGCACUGGCAUCAACUCAUGAUCAUGUACAGAAAAGAGUUGAAGAAGCUACUCAUAAAGCGGAAAGAGUCAAUCGUGAUGUUUCAACGUGGAUGAAUGAAGUGAUGGAACUCAUAAAAGAGGUGGAGCAGCUGGAACAAGAAAUCCUGGUCCACGGCAGCUGUUUCCAAGGGCAGUUUCCUACCCGGAAGAGAUACAUUCUGUGCAAACAAAUGGAAAAUAAAACAGAAGCUAUGAUUCAGCUGAACAAAAGAUGUCAGUUUGGGCCAUUUUCCUUCCCUGCCCCAAUUCCAGAUAUAGAGCAUUUCGCUUCUGGAAAUUUUGAGUAUUUUAAAUCUACAAGAGUGGCUGCAGAUCAACUUUUGCAGGCACUACAAGAUGAUAGUUUCUAUAUAAUUGGUGUAUAUGGAAUGGGAGGCUCUGGCAAAACAACACUGGUGAAAGAAGUGGGUAAAGAAGCCAAGGAAUUAAAGCAUUUUGAUCAUGUUGUAUUUGCCACUGUCUCCCAGUCUCCAAAUGUCAUGAAAAUUCAAGAUGAAAUUGCUGACUUGUUAGGUCUGAAAUUGGAUGAAAAGUGUGAAGCAGGAAGAGCAAGGCGGAUAUCUGUUAGAUUACAAAGUGGAGAACGUAUUCUCCUAAUUUUGGAUGAUGUUUGGGCAAAACUUAACCUUGAGGACAUAGGGAUUCCUGUUGAUGGAAAUCUCAAAGGUUGCAAGGUGCUCCUAACCACUCGUCGUCAAGAAGUGUGUAAUUUAAUGGACUGUCUUAAGAGGAUUCCACUGGAUCUCUUAUCUGAAGAGGAAGCUUGGAGUUUAUUCCAAAAGCAUGCAGGCAUAGAUGCUGCGUUAUCCUCCAACUUGCUGAAUGAUGUGCAGCAGGAGGUUUGUAAGGAAUGUAAAGGACUACCCAUUGCAAUUGUAACUGUGGGGUCCUCCUUAAAAGGAAAAUUGAGUGCAGUUGAUGAGUGGAAGGUAGCAUUACAAAGUUUGAGAGAUUCAAAACCUGUGGAUGUGGAUGAAGGGGUUGGAGAUGCUUUCAAUUGUCUUAAAUUAAGCUAUGAUUACUUGAAAAGAGAUGAGACCAAGUUGCUCUUCUUGAUAUGUUCCAUGUUUCCAGAAGAUCAUGAGAUCCUUAUUGAUGACUUGAUCAAAUACGGAGUGGGGCUAGGUGUCUGUGGCGGAUCAUUUGAUUCAGCAAGUACUCAAUUGAGAGUAUGCAUCAAUAUACUCCUAGAUUCUUGUCUGUUGAUGCGUUGUGAGAUAAGUAAAGUUGACUGGAUCCUUCGCCAUAAAAGUCACCAUGUAAAAAUGCAUGACAUGGUUCGCCAUGUAGCUUUGUGGAUAGCUUCAAAAGAUCAAGCUAUUAUAAGUCAAUCUUGCCAAAAAUCUGAACAUAUCGAUGGACAAUGGAGCUAUAAGGAUUGUUAUGCACUGUCUUCAUGGUACAGUAAUGGAAUAGAUAAGUUUCUUAAUAGAUUGGACGCCCCAAAACUUCAGAUCCUGCUACUAAAUCUUUUUGCUCACACAAUUCCCUUAGGGUUAACAGGUUCCUUGGAAUUAUCAGAUGAAUCAUUUCAAGGUCUGAAAGAACUUAAGGUUCUGGCUUUGAUCAAUAAAAAUUAUCAGAAAGUGGCUAUAUCAUUCCCUCAAUCAUUGCAAAUGUUGACUAAUCUUCGAACUCUGCGCUUAGUGGGAUGGGAUUUGGGUGAUAUCUCUUUUGUGGUAAGCCUAAAAAGACUUGAGAUUCUUGACUUGCAAAAUAGUAAAUUCAAAGAACUGCCCAAUGGGAUCACAAUGCUGGACAAGUUGAAGUUGCUGGAUUUGUCACAUUGUAGAAUUGAAGGGUCUUGUUUUAAAGUGAUAAGAAGAUGCUCACAACUAGAAGAGUUAUAUGCCUUCGACUAUGGUGAUUGCUCAAGUCCUAGAAUUAUGGAUCCCUAUCAAUGCUUUGGGGAUGAUCAUGAUGUUACUUUCCCGAAUUUGCAGAGGUACAAAUUAUAUUUAGGGCCACUUAUGAGCCUUCCAUCUGAACUGCACUCAUCAAGCAUGAGACUUCUAUAUGUGAACGGAUUUAAUCCAUCUGCCUCUGAUGCUUUGUUAAGUAUCUUCUGCAGAAGACGUGUGAUGCUCGUUUGUAUGGCCUUCAUGGAGGGUGCAAAAAUAUCUUUCCAGACACAGUCCAAGCCGCUGGAUGACUCUAGUGAAGCUAGAAUAUCUCAAUAUCAAAGAGUGCUUAGAAUUGAGAAUCCAUCUUUCCUUCAGUUUCCAAAAGCGCCUGCCAGAGUUGCUGGAACUAUAUAUAGGAAACUGGAAGAGUUGGAAGAAAUUGGUGCAGAUAAUGAAAAAUAUGAUGAUGUAUUCAUUACUCAAGCAUGCUUUCCCAAACUUACGAGGAUAGAGGUUAGGCGAUGCGGCAAGUUGAAAAGCCUUUUCUCUACUGCCAUAGCUAGAAAUCUUCCCCAACUAAGCAGUCUAAUCAUAGUCGAUGCUCCUCAGUUAAAGGAGAUUUUUUAGACACGGUAAUGAGAGAGAUUCUGUAGAUGGAGAGCCACUCAUCUUUCAAAACUUGAGAGAGUUAAGACUUGAGGAAUUGGGGAGUCUUGUUGAUAUUGGAAUCACGUUACCCCAAGGGAACUUUGCAAAGUCCGCAUACUGUGCCCAAAUAUUAGGAGCAACGUAGUUGAUUCUGCUUUUUCAGGAACCACAUAUGAGAGCAAAGAAUGAUGGCCAAGUAUUAUAUCAAAUGAAGUCUUAGAUCUCCAAGCUGCUCCAAAGUCCAAAAAUGAGAGGGCAUUUACUUAGAACAAUAAAAACAAGCCUUAUCUCACUUGGU